AUGACAGUGCGGUUAACUCCAAUUUGGGAUUCCGCGGUGGAGGCAUUGCAGCAGAUUGGGGAAGUGAAAUCUGGCGAGGAAGUCAUAUGCGAUAUUGCGUUCGACUGGAUAGAAUCUCCAUCUAAGCGAUGGGAAGGUUCGCAGAAGGAAGCUAUAGCUUCACCAAAUACAGGCCUCACAGAUUUUGAGUGCUGGAACCUGUCCAGUUUGCACAGAAAAGCCGAAGAGGCAGAACGUGUAUUGAGAUGCUAUUCCGAAAUCAUGUCAGAACAUUUCGAAGUUAGCCAGAGUUUAGUGUCCGCCAUGCCUGCUAACGCAAGGUCUCAAGCACUCAAAGUCUUCUCAGCUACGCCUGGUAUAGUAGAGAAAAGAUCUCGAAAAUUAGUGCCUUACUUACUGUCGUGGACAAGAGAUAUCGAGGAGCAAGAUGACAACGAAAUCGAAUCGUCUGAACAGCUUUCUGGCGGAUCCUGGUCCCUCUUUGACAAGAAAGCUCUUUUGGGUGUAUUUGGUCAAUUUUCAAACCCCAAGGUGUUGUACCAAAGCCAACAGGUUUACGACGUGCUUCUCGGUCUACUUGCCAAUGGUGACGUAGAAGUCCAGAAGUCUUCUCUCAAAGCUAUCUUGACUUGGAAGCAAGAGGGAGUUAAGCCUUACCAAGAAAAUCUAGAAUACCUUCUUGACGAAGCCAGGUUUAAAAACGAGCUGACUGUGUUGUUUCAAGGCGAACAGCAGAUUCGACUAGAACACCGCUCCGAGCUCAUGCCUGUACUACUCAGACUUCUCUAUGGAAGGUCAAUUUCAAAGAAGGGAACUGCAAGUGGACGCCACGGUCUUCAUGCUACUAGACUGGCUGUUUUAAGACAGCUAAGUAUUGAAGACAUGGGGGAAUUCCUUGAUAUUGCCCUUGGUAAUCUUCGUGGGAUUAGGGUUCUCGAGGAUACUCAGCUACGCGAAAACAUUUUUGAUGACGAAGUAUUGACUGUGAGAAAGCAGGUUGGAUUUCUCAAUAUGAUGGAGGCCAUAAUCAACGAGAUGGGCACUGGUGUUGUCUCCUUUGCCGAUAAGAUCCUCAAUGCAGUACUCUAUUGCCUCAUACUCUCCUCGCGAAAGUUAAACCAGAACAAUGAGGACGCGGAAGAAGAUCUACCCGCACAAAGUUCUCUUCUUCGAGUUGUCAGGAGCACAUCCCUCAAGUGUCUGAUUGCAUUGAUUCGGAAUGCCCCUGGUUUUGACUGGACACCUUAUAAAGAUUUGCUUAUUAAAGAGGUUGUAAGCCCGCGUCUGGAGAAGCUUCCAACGGAAACAACUCAAGACGGCUUUAUUUCUCUCAUUGACAAACGCAUCAUUGGCAAGUUAAUGGAAUGUCUUAAACUUGAGAAAACCAAGGAUGAAGUCAAGAUUUUUGCACUGAGUAUUGUACGCAGUCUAGUCGGAAUUUCUCAGCAACCGGCUAUAGAAUCCGAAUUCAAUGAGUUGAUACAAGAAGAAAUCCUAGACCCUAAUGUUAACGUCAUACUAGAAAGUAUCGGUGUGGCUCUGACAUCCAAAGGAGAAGUGAGCCGGGAUUUACUCAUGGCAUGUGUUGAGUGUGUGGUAGAGUUAUCUCCAGUUAUUCAAAAGUCGGCUCAUGUCACAGAUCUCAUCGACAUUUCAGUCUCUCUUCUCAAUCAACCCUCACGACGUGUUAAUCCUAAAGCCAAGGGACUGGUCCUUGCAAUGCUGGAAAAUUUUAUCAAGCUCGCAGGAGCGGAUCUUCGCACAGAGUUGAAAGACCAGAUCUAUUCGACAAUAGCAUCUCUCUUUGGGUUCUUCAAGGACCGUGUCAACCGACAAGCGUUGUCAAAUGUGUUGGCAGUAUUAUACCCAGACGACCCGUUAUGUCUUGAAUUAUCUUCACUUUGUGCAGAUCUGAAUUCUUACGACAGCAGCCGCGUGGAUGAACCAGAUUAUGAAAAACGACUGUCAGCUUUUAAUGCUAUUUUGCGUGCUAGAGAUAUACCCUACACGCCGCGAGACUGGGAGCCGUUAAUACAUAACAUGACUUUUUACAUCAAGCACGAUGAGGAGUAUGGGAUUCUAUCUGCGAAUUCUGCUGAUGGCCUAUGCAAAUUUAUAGAGACCGUUGCGUGCUCGAAGGGUGAAGAGCAGGAUAAAUUCUAUGAUAUGCUGUCAAAUAUCUUGAUGCCAUCUCUAUACUCCAACGCGCGGGAAUCAUCAGAGACUGUGAGACGAGAGACUGUGAAGGUAUUUGGAGUUUUGGUAUCACGAAUACCUUCUUGGCCUCCAAUUGCUGACCUUGUGGCAAUCAGCCCCGAGCCGGACGAGGGUGACCCGGACCCAAGUUUCUUUAACAAUAUCCUCAGUCCCGCAGCAGCACGUCAGAUGCGAGCACUGCAGCUAUUAACUAAGGCUAGCCUGCACACGUCUUUGAAUAGCAAACACUUAACCCACUUCUUCAUACCUCUCCUCGAACAUUUUAUCUUCGGUCGAGAGGAGGGGAGUGACGACCAUGGUGUGGGAGCUCAGGCCGCAACAACAAUUGCUGAUAUAGCCUCAUCUCUAGAAUGGCCACAGUAUCGUGCCGUCCUCCGCAGAUAUAUCAGCUACAUUGAGUCGAAACCGGAACUCCAGAAACAGUUGAUCAGACUUCUCGGUAAAUUCGUGGACACCCUUGCAAUGGUGGCGGCGGAAAGGAGUCAAGAUGCGAUGGAAGUUGAUUCUAUGGCUGCCUUAGAGAUACCGAGGAAAUGUAAAUUGGCAACUACAAUGCCGGCGCACGAGAAGUUGAACGAAGACAUUUUGACCAAUAUCCUCCCACCUCUCUUGGAGUAUAUUCAUGAGAAAGAUGAAACUAUGGUUAGUUCGCGUGUUCCUGUCGGCAUCAUCAUUGUAAAGAUCUUGAAGGUGUUACCAAGCGAGUCGCUUAACCAAAAGCUGCCCGGAGUCCUUACGGAUAUUUGCCAUAUCCUACGCAGCAAGGCUUGGGAUUCAAGAGAGAUGGCGCGGAGCACACUCGCGACCAUGACCUCGCUUCUUGGGCCAUCUUAUUUUGGGUUCGUCCUCAACGAGCUUAGAGGUGCUCUCACGAAGGGAUAUCAACUACACGUCCUGUCGUAUACAAUGCAUACUAUCCUGGUUCAUGUCACGCCCCAGUUCCGAGCGGGGGAUCUUGAUUAUUGCCUCGAUAAGAUUGUUAGCGUCAUAAUGGACGACAUAUUUGGCGUCGUAGGGCAGGAGAAAGAUGCAGAAGAAUAUGUUAGUGAAAUGAAAGAGAUUAAGAGCAGCAAGAGCCAGGAUUCGAUGGAACUUAUUGCACGAACUGCUUCUAUUAACCACCUAGUCGACCUUGUUCGACCUCUUCAGUCUCUAUUACUUGAGAAACUCAACCUCCGCAUGGUACGGAAAAUUGACGACCUAUUGUCGAGGAUAACUUCUGGCUUGCUGAGCAAUUCUGCCGCUGAUAGCCGGGACACCUUGGUGUUCUGUUACGAGGUCAUUCAGCAGGUGUAUGAAAGCCACAAGCCGCGCUCAGAGUCAAGACUUGACCCGAAACUUAGGCGUUAUCUUAUCCAGAAAGGUGCCAACAAAAGUGGUGAUCGCAGUACUACUAGCAAGUAUACAUACAAAUUGGUUAGAUUUGCCGUUGACGUUCUGCGGUCUGUACUAAAAAAGUACGAUAAUAUUCGUAACGCGACCAAUAUCACGGGAUUUAUACCAAUCUUGGGUGAUGCUCUAGUUGGAGGCGAAGAAGAAGUUAAGAUAGCGACCUUCAAGCUCCUAACCGUUCUUGUUAAAGUUCCGUUUAAGACCGACGAUUCUACAAAGCUCUACAAAGUAGCUUCGAAAGAGGCUUCGAAAUGCAUCUCGGCAUCUACUUCGACUGCAACAGAUCUCGCGCAAAGCGCUCUUAAACUUAUGUCGGUCAUCAUCAGAGAUCGCCGUGAUGUUGCUCUCAAAGACGCAGCCGUUGAUAUGCUCCUCGGGAAAGUCAAGGACGACCUAACAGAACCUCUAUAUCGUCAUGUUACGUUCAAUUUUCUGCGAUCAGUUCUUGAUAGGAAAGUUGAGACUGCUACUGUUUAUGAUAUCUUAGACUACGUCGGAGGUAUCAUGAUCACGAAUGAUGACAAAGACACACGAGACCUAGCUCGGGGCGCAUUCUUCCAGUUCCUUCGUGACUACCCCCAGAAGAAGAACAGAUGGGCUAAGCAGCUUAGCUUUAUCGUGGCAAAUCUGAAAUAUGAGAGGGAAGGUGGUCGUCUCUCCGUCAUGGAGAUUGUUCAUCUUCUAUUGAUGAAAUCUGCCGAUGACUUCGUGCAGGAAAUUGCGACAACCUGUUUCAUCCCUCUAGUUUUCGUCUUGGUCAACGACGACAGCGAAAAGUGUCAACUGGCAGCCGGCGAAUUGCUUAAAGAGGUCUUUCGAAAAGCAGAUAAAGAGCGAACAUCGAAAUUUCUGUCGCUCAUGCGGGCUUGGAUAGAGCAGGAUGACAACUCUUCGGUCUUACAAUUAGCGGUCCAAGCGUUUACGCUAUAUUUCGAAGGCAGGGAACCUGCGUCUAGAGAUCGUAAAGACUUAGAUCUCCUGCUCGAGACGUCAGCUGAUGUUUUGGGCGUCCUUAGCCCAGCAACUCUAAAGAGAUGGAAAAGGAGACUGCAAAAGAAAAACAGUUCUACACCUUUUAGUGAUAACGACGGGAAAAGUCUUACUGAGAACCCCGUGGAACUGGACGAGGCUCUAGCUGCCGAAGUUAGCCGUGUCGUUCUGAUGCUGAGCAAAUUCUUAGAUAUUGGCUCGGUAGAUUCUGAAUCUUCCGACAACGAUCCAGACAGCUCUGAAGACAGCGAAGAUGAGUGGGGUGGUAUUGAUGACGGCGAAAAGGAGAAGGCUUAUAACAUCACUCUCCAUACGUUAUUUGUCUGGCUGUCUGAAAUUCUCGUUGAAGAGACGCCGCCUAAAGCUGAUGCUCUUAUCCCUAAAGUCGCGGCACUGGAUAUAAUAUCCAUCUUGACUUCGACGCUGCCUGAAACGUCCUUGCGACCCUCGCUCAACAUCCUACUCACGCCACUACAUCAUCUUACCGAUCCUUCGAUCCCGACACCUUUCUCGCUUAACGAGGUCUUCAAGAUGCGAUAUGAGGGGUUAAAGACGAAAGCAGAGGAAACUAUGGAGGUUCUACAGAAGAAGUUCGGCACUGCCGAAUACACGAAGGAACUUCUGGCCGUGCGCGACCGCGCUAGAAACCGUCGCGAGAGCAGGUCGAAAAAGAGGAAGAUCGAGGCCGUGACGCAGCCUGAGCGCUUCGGUCAGUGGAAGAAAGGCCGUUUGGACAAGAAAGUCAAGCGCAAGAAGGAGAGAGGGUUGGAGAAUCGGAAUCGUCGAAGAGAAUAUUAG